AUGUACGGUGCGGUCUCCAGACUGUCAGCGCUGCUCGCAGCCGCCAAGGCUCGGAAUCCACCUCCUACGGACUCGACGUCUGCAGCAUCGCCGUCUAUCUACAAUGGAGAUUGCUGCUCACUGAACAUAGGUUACAGUCCCGUAGCUACUGCUGAUCAAGCCCAGCGUCUCUCAACCCACAGCUGGGAAUUCGGAACAACUUCUGAAGCCUUGCUCGAACUCUACAACCCGGAAUAUUCUGUCUUUUCGAAGGGAGCUUUCCCCAACGCAACAGCCCCAGAAACUGACGUUGACGCCGUUCCAGCUCUGUGCUAUGCGAGAAGAUACAUCGAAUUGGAUAGACCAGACGGAAGUCUCAUCGAUGGCCACGGAGCUACGGGUGAUGCUGCAAGCCUUGGCAUCAGUGCGAUCCUGAUCGGACAAUCGGAUCACAGAUAUCUGGACGCAGCACGACGACAAUUUGAACAUUUCAACGAUUCGAUCCCUCGCUGGCCGAACGGGGCAAUGUCCGCACGUGAAGAGCAUGCUGAACUCCGGGCGGAUUUCAUCUCCAUGGCGCCUCCUUUCCUCGCAUAUUACGCCUUCGGACUCAAUGAGACGGACGUCAUCCGGACGGCUAUCAUGCAAUGUCUGCUCUACCGACAAGUCCUCCAGCCGAAUGACACUAGUGCUAGCAGCUAUGGGCUGUGGCAACAUAUUGUCGGCGGCCCUGGAAACGAAGAUCUCGGAUUCUGGAGUACGGGCAAUGGGAGGGCUGCGUACGGCAUGGCGAGAGUCUUGGCUUCCACGUUACAUUUCCCGCCUCUGCAGGCGGAUAAGAAGGCUCACAUUGCUAUUGCGGAUCUUUUCAAUUGGAUUGGCCUGAUCUUACAUGGAGCGAUGAGAGUGGGGAGGGACAGGUCCGGACUGCUGAGGAAUUAUCUCGAUGACGUGAAUUGGUUUGGAGAGACGAGUGGGACGACUCUACUCACCGCGGCUGUCUAUCGAUUGGUAGUCUUGCAGAAAGAAGCACAUCAGCUAUUCGUGCAGCAGACGAAAGGAAUCGAUGGAAAGAUUGUCGAGAGGCCGGUAGGGGUUUUCAAUCACAUUCACAUUCACAGAAAAAAUGCAACGAUGCUGAUCGAUCAUAGGUUACGCCGGAACUUCUCAAAUGGGCAGAUCAGAACCGACAAGCUGUCGCGGCCCAUGUCGACGAGAACGGGAUUGCUAGUCCGGCGGUCAAUCCCCUUGACUGGACGGAUCGCACGCCAUAUACGAAAGGCAGUCCCGAAGGGGAAAGUUUUCUGGUCAUGUUAUAUGCUGCUUGGAGAGAUUGCAUACAAGCAGGUGUUUGCCAUGAUGAGAGCCAGAAUUCAUGA